AUGCAAGUGCUCAUAGAAUCGGGCCAUGGGUGCACGCAAGGUGGUGCACGCACUGCAAACGUUGCCGUGCCCAAGCUUUGCGACAACGGCCGGCUGACGCUUGCCAACGAGUAUGCAGAAGCAUGCGGACAGCAAGCAAGGUCUUUCACAUGCAUUCCUGUGCCGGGGCUGGUGCGAAUCAUCAACUGCAUGGGGGUCUACGAGAUUCUAGAGGUUCAGGACAAGUUAGAUGGGGAUGACGUGUUAUGCCGCGACCACGGCCCUCAAGCAAGGACCUUCUGCAUGUUUGGCCCGCACGGGCACAAGCCGCCACCAUCUGCAGGCCUUGUACCACGAGCCGUCCAGCAGGUGCUCGACUUUGUCGACCAGCAACAUGGUGUCACCUUGCAUUGCAGCUUCUUCGAGGUCUACUUGGACAAGGUGAGAGACUUUUUGAGCAAAGCUCCCAAUGACUUCGUGAAGGAGUCACCAGGGGGCGACCUGUUGAGCUACCGGAAGAUCACCACCGCCAGCGAAGCUUUGCAGAUCUUACGACUGGGGCUAAAGCUUCGCGUGGCGGCCAAUACCAGACUGAACGAGCACUCGUCGCGGUCGCACGCCAUCUUCUCGUUGCUCCUGCGUCAAGAAGACUCCGGGAUUCGGCAACGGAAGCUGACCUUGGUGGACCUCGCAGGCUCUGAAAAGGUGUGGCAGAGCGGUUCUGUCGGCGGGAGGUUGGAAGAGGCCAAAAAGAUCAAUUCCUCCUUGAGUGCGCUGGGUCACGUGAUUGAAGCCUUGGCGGAUCGCCGCGCGCCACUGGGCUUUUAUCAGGGAGGCUGGGAGGAGGGCCCCGGAAGCGCCACCUUGGAGGAUUUUGGGGUGCUCCAUGUGGGAAAUCCCUACGGGGAGAAACGCGAUGAUGAACAAAAGCAAUCAACCUACGGGGAGAAACGCGAUGAUGAACAAAAGCAAUCAACCAAAGGCGAUUGGCAUGUGCCCUUUCGUGAUUCCCGACUCACGCGGAUCUUAGAGGAAUCUUUAGGCGGUAACUGUCGCACCACCCUACUGGUGGCCUGCUCGCCCUCGCAGCUUCAUCUCACGGAGACGUUGAGUUCCCUGCGCUUUGCAGCGCGGGCCAAGAAGAUUGAAAACAUGGUUGGCAUCACCCUUCGCCCUGCUUUGGAAGUAUCGCCCAACACCAGGCAUCUGGAGAGACGCAUCGCGCAGCUGCGGCGAGAACUGGCCAGAUUAGAACAUCGUCGGGCAGGUCUCUGCGGGGACCAGGCCGCGUUCUUGCCGCGGAACGCGGCGGAUCGACGAAGGACACCUUCGCCAGGCAAGAGACCCGAGCGCGCCAGUGGCGGCCCGAACGCGGGAGUUGCGGUGAAAAGCACCAGAAAGGAAGUGCCUGAAGCCCUGCCAUUGCCGGCCUCAGCGGCCAGCAGCUAUCGCAGUACGGCCACAGGCACAUCUUCCACUGCCUCGGUGGCCGCGGUAUCUCUGGGAGGUUCAGCAUCUGGCACUCCGCUCUCACGGGAUCCGGAGCAUCCGGAGCUCAGCGUGGCCGACGAGGUCGUCCGCUCCCCGCGGGUGCUGCCGCCACGGCGUACCGGCUAUAGCUUUAUCAUUGAGGCCACUCCCGUGGAAUGUCAUCCCAAAGCCCCCAAGCCAUUGACGCAGAACGACGCCACCUAUGAGGCGCCUGAAGAGGAGGAGGUGGUAACCACCUCUGCUGCGCUGGAACGUCACGCCGCUGCGCUCUCCCAGCGCUGCGCCGACCUGGCUGCGAAGUUGUCGAGGGAACGGCAGAGGUGCUCCACUGCUUCCGUUCACACGGAAGCGCCGCUGAUGGCCACGCCCAUCCGGAUCCGAGAGUUGCCAAGUCCCAAAGGCACUCCAAGCCUGGAGGCGCGCGGAAGAAGCACCACCGCCUCCUCGGCCAGUCGCUUGGCCUCGUGCCUCACAGGUGAAAGCCGACCACGGCACUCCACUCUGUCCUUCGGCCAGCAGGUUUGGAUCUCCCGGAGCGAAGCUGCCAGCGCUGCGUCGUUGUCUCCGGUCCGUGCUCUGUCGCCCAUGUCGCGGUCACCAGCCGCCAAAUCUGGUCGAGUGCUGUCUCAGUACCUCUUCAGCGUGCCGGAUGAUGGUCGGCCAUUGCAGGUGAGCACAUCAAUGUCACCUCUCCAGCGGGCGACCAGGCGAGUGCCCUUCAGCACGCAACUCAGUGGAGCCAUCUCUGCCGUGAACCACUGGUGA